AUGCUGCGGGACGAGGAUGCGGUGUUUGCGCGGCGGAUGGCGGGUCAGGGGGUCAGGGUCAGGUGGUGCGAGUUUGAAGGGAUGCCGCAUUGCUUUGCCAUGGUGUUGGGAUUUUUGAGCGCCGCGGCUGUGCAUCAUGCCGAGUUUGCCCGGUUUUGUGUGGAUGUUGUUGGGCGGGGGGGUGUUGCUGUGGAAGAUGGGGAGGAGCAGAGUGUUGGUGGUGAGUCGGAGACGCAGACUGUUGUCCGUGAACGAGAAGAACAGACUGUAGACGUAAACGAAGCAAGCCAGUCAGCCACCAACAAACCAAGCCCUCGCCCAAGAACAUCCGCUACCCUCGUCAAAGCGAAGACCUUGGAGCGACGCAACCUCGAUAUCCAAGCCCUCACCGCGAUCACAGAAGACGAUGUAGCCGCGUAUAUGCAAGAGGGGCAGAGAAGGAUUAGGGAGAAGUUUCUUAGAGGGAGGGAGGGGAGUGCCGAGGUUAGACCUAUGCUUUAG